AUGCGUCGGCGAGCUGCGAUGUUGUCGCUGCUGCACCCUGCAGUGAAGACACGGCAGGCACCGCCUUCGAGUCAGGUGAGGCAGUUUCCGCUGCACCUCUACUCUGCCUCUUGCCCCCUUCCGUCCAUUGCCCUCCGCCGACCCUUCCCCCCCGCCGUCCAUUCCCCCCCGCCGUCCAUUCCCCCCCGCCGUCCAUUCCCCCCCGCCGUCCAUUCCUCUCUGCCGUCCGUUGCCUCCUGCCGUCCGCCCCUUGCCUCAUUCGCGAACCUACUAAUCCCCUCCCGUCGAUUUCCCUGCAGCACGUUGAGCGCAUCUCAGUCGUUGGAUGAGCCAUCGUGGAAGAAGGCUCAAUCUAGGUCGUUGCUGGAGCGCUUCCCCCUGAAGGCGGCGGCAACGGCGAGCGGGUUGGCCCUAGCGGGCGACACGCUGGCGCAGCUCAUGGAGCGCCGCCAGCUCCGCCAGCAGCGGAAGCAACAGCAGCAGCAGCAUGGCAGCCAUCGCCCCCACCACGCGGAUGCGCGCUGUGCUGCCGCCACGGCAACGCAGGAUCAGCACGUGGUGCCAGCAGGCGAGGGGGCGGGGGAGGGGGAGGGGGUGGGGGAGGGGGAGGGGGUGGGGCAGCACGACUGGGUGCGAGCGGUGCGCAUGGCGUUGUACGGCUUCCUACUCUAUGGCCCCGGCUGCCAUGCCUGGUACCGCUGGCUCGACCGCCUGCUGCCCGCCCCCACCGCUGCCAACUUCGCCCUCAAGGUGCUAGCGAAUCAGGUGGUGGUGGGGCCGACUGUGCUGCUCGUGGUGUUCGCAUGGAACAUGGCGUGGAUGGGCAAGGCCAGGGACAUCCCAGACAAGUACCGUCGAGACUUCUUCCCCUCGCUCAUCAAGGGCUACAACUUCUGGAUACCUGCCACCUGCCUCAACUUCGCAGUCGUGCCAUUAGAGGCGCGAGUGGCCUUCAUGUCAUGCUGCGCCAUCUUCUGGAACUUCCACCUCUCCUCUUCACUUGGCAAGGAGGCACCUCGCCCCGCACCGCAACGCGCACCUCGUCCUGCUGCGCCUCUCGCUGCUCCUGCUUCGUCUCCUGAUGAUUCUCCUGCCGCCACGACUUCUGCUGGUUACCAAGUGUUGGCUGCACCUUCUGCGUAG